AAAUAAGUAAACGUUAAAAAAAAAAAAAAACUUUAAAAAAAAUGUUAGCUAUAAUAAUAUAGGUAAGUGUGACUUAAUCUCAUAACUUCAAGACCUCUGUUACAAAUGGAUUCACAAAUCAGAGGGGGGAAAGUCUGUCGUGAACUGAGGCACCUCAGCUUUUGCUCAUGUGGUCACUGGCAAUGAGGUGGGCACUAUCCCUCUGAAGACCAGGCAGAAUGCUGGCCAAAGGUAGGGGCGUUUGGACAAAUUGCAGGAAGGGGCCCUGUUGGUGAGGAAACAGCACUAGGUGGGCAAGGGCGCUAAAAAUAAAAAUUCCUUUGGAAAUUUUUCUGGACCAAUUCUUACUCCCUUUCCCCAAAUGACUGCUCUGGUAUAGUAGAGGAGGGGACUGAUACACUAGUAAUAAUAUGUACAGCAAAGCAGAAGGUCUACCCAUGCUACUCUUAACAUAUGCACAAUAUUUCAGUGUGCUGAUAAGGGUAUGUUGAUUUUGUCUUUUUAAUUAAACUCUCCCCUGCAACAGGUGAAUUUCCAGUCCACCUAUUUCUUGCUCUUUAACAUUGUAAAAAAAUCUUUGCAUCUUUAGAUCUCAGCUAAAACUGCCACGUUCUAAAUCCCCUAAAGCCAGCCUCACAUUAUUUUCAAGUAUUUUUACAUAGCUUAUUCUUUGUGUAUGUUUAAUGCAUCUCUUCUACUAGACUGACAGUUCUCUAAGGGCAGGAGCCCUUAUUUUGUUCACCUGGUGGCUAGCAAAUCCUAAAUGAGUAUUAGUUGAAUGAAUAGCUAAAUAGAUAGGUCGUGGGGGUAGCGUAUCUAUCUUAGCCACUGCUUGCCUAUUACCGUCCUUGGAGGCUGGCUGCAGCUUUAAAAUAUCUUUUUCUUGUUCUCAAACUGCCUUCAUUUGUAGUACGAAGCACUAAGGAGGUCUGUCAUAUAUGUGACCAAGGUUUCAUCUGUAAAAUUAUCCUUUGCAGAGAUACAUUCAGUAUGUUUAAGAAGUUGAUUUUUCCCAUCAACCUCUUUAAGCUUUGUCUUAUUUCUUUUAAAUGAUCUAACUAGUUGAACAUACACUGGAAGUGCUAGACAAUAAAAAUUUCAAAAGGCUACAAAUGUUUCUCUUGUAAAAUUAAAGCAUUUUAAGAGACUAGUGGGCGGUUGUUAUUUUAAGUUGAAAAGCAAAUGUGGCAAAUUUUUAAAAAGGAAUAACUCAGGGCAUUGAAGAUUACUGUGGGCCCUCUGCAUAUCCGAAGCACUUCAGAUGUUAUGAGACUUCUCACAUUUUUGUGAUUUCUUACAUUAUAAACCCUUCGUACAAAGUAUAUAAAAAUAGAUGUUUCCUGUCAUGCCACCAAUACCUCAAGUAUUCACUCUGGUACCAUUGGUAACCAGAACUGGUUGGGUUUUGGGUUUUUUUUUUCUGGAAAGAAGUUUAAGGAAUUCUUAUCUGACACCAGCAAUGCAAGCAGUGUUAGUUCUCAGAACACAGCUGGUGUGGAAGAGAGAGGGACACCCGUCCACACCAGCUCUCUCCAAUCCACUGAUUUAUGUACUUUGCUUUCACAGUUCCUGCAGCACCUCCACCAGAGGGCAGAAAGUAGAAGAGAAAGGAGGGGACACAAAUCCAUACCAGCCUUCGGAAUGCCUGUAGAACCCUUGAGGACUGAAUCCCAACCCUCCUUUUGGAAACGGAGUUAACUGUGGCUCAGGAAGGCCACGUGAUUUGCUCAGGGUAGAGCCGGCUGAAGAAUCCCCUAGGCUCUUCGUUUUCAGACUGGUGUCCCUGCAGUAAUAACUUCUGAUGAGGCAGUAUUUCAAUAAGAACACAGUCCUCAAGUUACAAGGCUUCCGAGGCAUCCCAGCUCAGCACUUGUCUAGCCGUGUAACCUCGGACUGGCCACUUCAGCUCCCGAAAUCUUCCUCAUCUCUAAAAUAAACAGUAAGAGUACCUACUUCAUAAAGGGGUUGAUAGACCCAAAAGAGAGAAUCCAUGUACAGUGCUUAGCACAAAGCUUGCCUCAGAUACUAAGAGCUUAAUUUUUUGAAUGAUGGUAAACUUGUCAGAUACUGGAUUUCAAAUCUGAUGUUUGGAACACUGAUGAAAUCAGCGUUUCAACUAUUUUACUAUAUAUAUUUUUUACUGUUUCAUUUCAUUUCAGAAACAAAAUACAGAUUUCCCCCCAGUUGUACAAAGGUAGACAGUUUCCCUCAGCAAUAUUAUUCAAGGAACAGGUGCCUGGUGCAUACUUUGUUGACUAUGCAUGGCCUCCACCAGAAAAAUGGAGAUGGGUGUAUUCCCUGACCUCAUGAAUCAUUUUUGAAAUUUCCAUUAAGAUCUUGACCGAAGUCGGAUAAAAACUCAUUUUUCAGAAAAAAAUGCAAUGUAGUCUCCCUGCCCCCCACACCCCCGGACAGAUGACAAUGUCUUGGCCUUCACAUGAGAAAGGAAUCUUUACCCUUGUAAAUACCGGCAGUGCCCCCCUUGCUGUCUGCAGAAGAGCGGAUGAUAGCGAAUGACAGAAAAGCAGGGUUGCCGGACCCCUCCGGGGCAGCCUGUGGAUCCCUCCCUAGGAAAUUGCCACCUGGGCUUAUUAGGGAAGCAGCCUGAGGUUCCCCCACAUGCCUGCAAAGCUCAGCAAAGUCUCAGGCAGUUUUGCAAAAGCAGUUUCUUCACCAAAUAUGUAACAGGAGGCAAGUUUCUAUUUGUCUAUGCAAAUAAUGCUCGCCUUCAAAACGUUACAUCUUUUUUUGAGAAAACAAAGUUGGCCUUUUAUUGCCAGUGCCCGCAGUUAUUUCGAUUUUUACUUGGCUAAGCUCUGGCUAAAAGAAAAUGGUGUAGGAUGUGAUAAGGAGAUUUUGGGGCGCCGAGAAGUAACUCUUGCUCCCAACUAUUCCGUCUCCCAGGGCCCAAAAUUUCAGGUCUUCUUUUCUUGCCGUCCUCGCGGGGUGUAAGUCUGGGGGGUGGGGAGCCAGCAGUCUGCUUGGCCUCCCCUUCUGCCCCUGAGGAGUAACUUCUUUGAAUGCAAAAGAGGUGGGGGUGCGGAGGAUCUGUCCUCAAGGGCUCGUAUGGGUGGGACCCAGAGACGGCAGUGAAGGGAGGGAGUGGUCCGCGGGUGGGAUCUGUGGAGCAGACAAAAUGUGGGGCCCCUGUCCCUUGAAGUUCAACUUGUCUCUUCCUGAGUGAGGAGCAAGUCGUCCGUAGUACGCUCCCCCCCACCCCCAAAGGGCACAACGGGGAAAGAAAAGCGACCAGGUUAAGAGUGGGCAGAGGAAAAAGCGAGUCAUGUGCUCCAGGAAACAGUCCCCAGCCCUGGCUCGGGAAGAGCGCUACCGCCCAGCCGGAGCCCCGGAGCAGGUAAGAUCCACGAACUGCGCUUGCCCGCAAACAGGUCGGAUGACCUCUCAGUGCAGAUGAAUUCGGGGUCGACCCCUCCUUCCCCUGCGUCCUCCUCCCCUCGGUGCCACCUUCCUCCCCCGCCGUCGGUGAGCUCCGGCUUGCCCGGCGGCGUUGAGCUCCCAGCAACCAGUCCUCGGGGCGCACGAUCCUCCACGGGUCGCCCAGCGUCCGCGACCCUCGCUAGGUCAUGAGCAGACUUUCCUUCAACGUCCGAGUCGGGUCGGUCCGGAGACCCCGCUCUCCUCGGCAGGGGCGUCGGCACGUCUCCCGCAGAGUCCCUCCUCGGCCGGGCGCCCUGCACGCGGCAAGUGGACUGGGCGGCGCGCGGCCGCCGGGGGAGGCGGCAGCAGGAGCCGUCGGCACGAGCCCCUCGGGGAUCCCCGGCUUCCCCUCUGCGCCAGCGCCGCGGACGCUCUGGACGCCCCGGCCCCGGAAGCACUGCGCAGCAGCCCGGCCGGCCCCAGACGUCUUGGGAGCUGUUGACAAUAACAUGGGUGAUGGCUGCUCUCAGAAGCUGGCAACUGCGAAUAUUCUCCGCUUCCUGUUGCUGGUCUUGAUUCCGUGUAUCUGUGCCCUCAUUGUCCUGCUCGUGAUCCUGCUCUCCUUUGUUGGAACAGUAAAAAAAGCCUAUUUUAAAUCAAAUGGGACUGAACCUUUGGUCACCGAUGGUGAAGUCCCAGUGUCUGAUAUUGUUCUUACAAAUACGAUUUGUAACAAGAGCACUGUGACGUCUGCCACGCAUCCCAACCAGCACGUUCCAGCCUGGACCACGGAUGCUUCUCUCCCAGGGAACCAGAAUCACAGGCACACAAGUGCCUGUAUGAACAUCACCCACAGCCAGUGUCAGAUGCUGCCCUACCACACCACGCUAACACCUGUCUUCUCAUUUGUCAAAAACAUGGAAAUGGAGAAGUUCCUCAAGUUCUUCAUGUACCUCCAUCGCCUCAGUUGCUAUCAACAUAUCAUGCUUUUUGGCUGUAGCCUCGCCUUCCCUGAGUGCGUCGGUGAUGGCGAUGACAGUCAUGGACUCCUGCCCUGUAGGUCCUUCUGUGAGGCUGCAAAAGAGGGCUGUGAAUCAGUCCUAGGGAUGGUGAAUGCCUCCUGGCCGGAUUUCCUCACAUGCUCCCAGUUUAGAGUCCAAAACGAAAGCAGCAACGUCAGCAGGAUUUGCUUCUCACCACAACAGGAAAAAGGAAAGCAAUCGCUGUGCGGAGGGGGCGAGAGCUUUCUGUGCGCCAGCGGGCUCUGCGUGCCCCGGAAGCUGCAGUGCAACGGCCACAACGACUGUAACGACUGGAGCGAUGAGGCGCAUUGCAAUUGCAGUGAGGAUUUGUUUCACUGUCACACGGGCAAGUGCCUUAAUUAUAGCCUUGUGUGUGAUGGAUAUGAUGACUGUGGGGACCUGAGUGAGGAGCAGAACUGUGAUUGUAAUCCCACAAAGGAGCAUCGCUGUGGAGAUGGGCGCUGCAUUGCAAUAGAGUGGGUUUGUGACGGUGACCAUGACUGUGUGGAUAAGUCCGACGAGGUCAAUUGCUCUUGUCACAGCCAGGGUCUGAUGGAGUGCAGGAGCGGACAGUGUAUCCCUAGCUCUUUCCAGUGUGACGGAGACGAGGACUGCAGGGACGGCUCUGACGAGGAGAACUGCGGCGACAGUCAGACUCCAUGUCAAGAAGGCGACCAAAGAUGCCUCUACAAUUCCUGCCUUGAUUCAUGUGGCGGUAGCUCCCUUUGUGACCCGAACAACAGUCUAAAUAACUGUAGUCAAUGUGAACCAAUUACGUUGGAACUCUGCAUGAAUUUGCCCUACAACCAUACAAAUUAUCCAAAUUACCUUGGCCACAGGACUCAAAAAGAAGCCUCCAUCAGCUGGGAGUCCUCCCUUUUCCCUGCACUUGUUCAAACCAACUGCUACAAAUACCUCAUGUUCUUUGCUUGUACCAUCUUGGUACCAAAGUGUGAUGUGAACACAAGCCAGCGUAUUCCACCUUGCAGAGCACUGUGUGAGCACUCCAAAGAACACUGUGAGUCUGUUCUUGGGAUCGUGGGCCUGCAGUGGCCUGAAGACACAGAUUGCAGUCAAUUUCCAGAGGAAAAUUCAGACAACCAAACUUGCCUAAUGCCUGAUGAAGAUGUGGAAGAAUGCUCACCUAGUCACUUCAAGUGUGGCUCUGGACGGUGUGUUCUGGCUUCUAGAAGGUGUGAUGGCCAGGCUGACUGUGACGAUGACAGUGAUGAAGAAAACUGCGGUUGUAAAGAGAGAGAUCUUUGGGAAUGUCCAUCCAAUAAACAAUGUUUGAAGCACACAGUUAUCUGUGAUGGGUUCCCAGACUGCCCUGAUGCCAUGGAUGAGAAAAACUGUUCAUUUUGCCAAGACGAUGAACUAGAAUGCGCGAACCAUGAGUGUGUGUCCCGUGAGCGCUGGUGCGAUGGUGAAGCCGACUGCUUGGACAGUUCUGAUGAGUGGGACUGUGUGACCCUCUCUAAAAAUGUGAGCUCCUCCUCAUUCCUGACGGCUCACAGAUCUGCCAAAGAACACCACGUGUGUGCGGAUGGCUGGCAGGAGACGUUGAGUCAGCUAGCCUGCAAGCAGAUGGGUUUAGGAGAACCAUCUGUGACUAAAUUGGUACAGGGACAGGAGCAAGACCAGGAGUGGCUGACAUUACACUCCAACUGGGAGAGCCUCAAUGGGACCACUUUGCAUGAACUGCUGGUGAAAGGGCAGCCUUGUCAUAGCGGAAGUAAGAUUUCUCUUCUGUGUACUAAACAAGACUGUGGGCGCCGCCCUGCUGCCCGAAUGAACAAGAGGAUCCUUGGGGGUCGAACGAGUCGUCCUGGAAGAUGGCCAUGGCAGUGUUCCCUGCAGAGUGACCCCAGUGGACACAUUUGUGGCUGUGUCCUCAUUGCCAAGAAGUGGGUCCUGACGGUUGCCCACUGCUUUGAGGGGAGAGAGAGCGCUGCCGUCUGGAAAGUGGUCUUUGGCAUCAACAACCUAGACCACCCGUCGACAUUUAUGCAGACGCGCCUGGUGAGGACCAUCAUCCUGCACCCUCGCUACAGUCGAGCUGUGGUCGACUACGACAUCAGCAUAGUGGAGCUAAGCGAAGACAUCAAUGAAACCAUCUACGUGCGGCCCGUCUGCUUACCCGGCACGGAGCAGUCCUUGGAACCGGAUACGUACUGCUACAUCACAGGCUGGGGGCAUAUGGGCAACAAAAUGCCUUUUAAGCUGCAAGAGGGAGAAGUCCGCAUCAUCUCUCUGGAGCAAUGCCAGUCCUACUUUGACAUGAAGACCAUCACCACCCGGAUGAUAUGUGCCGGCUAUGAGUCCGGCACAGUCGACUCGUGCAUGGGUGACAGCGGCGGGCCACUUGUUUGUGAGCGGCCUGGAGGACAGUGGACAUUAUUUGGUUUAACCUCAUGGGGCUCCGUGUGCUUUUCCAAAGUCCUGGGGCCUGGGGUUUAUAGCAAUGUGUCCUACUUCGUCGAGUGGAUUGAAAGACAAAUAUACAUCCAUACCUUCCUCCUAAACUAAUCCCAAAGAUGA